CAGAAUGGAUAGGUUUGAUCUUCUUGCAGUCUACCCUCCGAUAAUUCUGUGAUCAGAAGCUAAUAGUUUCCGCCUGGUCUUUCCCUCUCUCCCCUUUUGGGAUGGGACUGAAGCUCAGUGGGCAGAAUACCUCCCCUGAAGUCUACUGCCAGCCAGUGCCGACAACAUUGGGCAAGGUGUAGCAAUGAUCUGAGACUUCCUAUAUUUAAGAGCCUUGCUGUCUAUGAUGUGUUCACAGAAACCUUCUUGUUGCUUGACUCACUCCUCCUCCUGCUCUGCUUUCAUUCUAUUGCCUCUGCCAGGUCAGAUAACAUCUUCUGUUCCUCCCUCUCCUGGGAGGAGCCAUCGCUCACUCCCUGUUCUUGGCUGAAGGAGUCCUGGCAGGCAGGCGUAGGAUCUGGCCCUGGGGCUUUCCUCCAUGAGUGACAUGUCUGUUUGGAUGUGCAUGCUAGAGAGAGGCGUCCCCACAAAACACAGGCUGACACAACACUCAGUCUCCCUCUGCUCCUGUGAGACAUGUAGUGGGAAGCUGAGAGAAGGAGGGAAGACCCCACAUGGUGUCUCCAUGCCCCUGUGGCAAGCUGGGCUCCCUUUCUGCUUCCUGGGACAGGGGACACCUACGUAGAUUGGCAGUUACCUUGCUUGGGUUGUCCCUUUUUAUUGAUGCUGUCCAGACUUCUGUCCCUUCUUCCUUCACCUCCUUCUUUGGGAAUCCCCCAUUGAACCUGUUUUCUGAGAUAUAAGUGAGUCAUGGGCUGGGCAGUAGACUUAGCUUGUUCACCAUGUGGUGGGGUGGCCGUCUCCUCCUUGUGGGGCUCCUUGCUCUCUGGGGUCAACUGACACCUGCCUCCAGCCAGAAUCCAGGUAAGCACUUUCUCCUCCUUCUCCCAGUUCAGCUCUGUUCCCACCUCACCUGGAACCUCUUCUUCUCACCUUCUGGGCGCAGGCAGGGGACUCAGACCUGCUUCGCCAUGAAGUCCAUCGGCCUCUGCCUGGUUGCGCUCCUUGCCCUCUGGGGUGACCUGGCUCCUGUCAUUGGUCAGAUGCCUCCAGGGAAGCCUGGCACCUGUCCUACUCUGAUCCAAAACAAUGACACCCAGUGCGGCCAAUUCUGCUCUACGGACAACAGCUGCCCAGGGAGUGAGCGCUGCUGCCAGACUGCCUGUGGGCAUCAGUGCACGCUCCCACUUGAGGACCAGCCCGGCUUCUGCCCCAGGUGGAGCCCCCAGCCAGACCAGGCUGAGAACUGCUCAACGAAUUGCAACAACGACCAGGACUGUGGCUUAGGACUCUACUUGCCAAUCCAGAAGUGCUGCAGCAACGGGUGUGGACAGACUUGCCAGGUGGCUGAAGAAGAGCACCCUGGCAUGUGCUCAAAAGUGGAACUGGUGCGCACGUUUGCCCCCUGCAAUGACACCUGCAGAGACGACCGAGAGUGCCCCCUCACCCAGAAGUGCUGCUUCACCGGGUGCAGCCGGAGCUGCAUGGACUCAGUUCGUGGUGACAGAUGCCAGUUGCUGCCUGAAGAUGGAAUAUGCAACGCACACUUGAUACGUUACUACUACAACCCAUCACAGAAGAAGUGCAACCAGUUCAUCUAUGGUGGCUGCUCGGGCAACCGCAACAUGUUUGAGACAAAGGAGGCCUGCGAGGAAGCCUGCGGGAAAAUCAGCCCAGAGGUCUGCAAGCUGCCAAAGGACCCUGGCCCAUGUGAGGGUUAUUCACAAUUUUACUACUACAACUCAGCCACCAGGAAGUGCGAGAUAUUCGUCUAUGGGCUCUGCAGGGGGAAUGGCAAUCGGUUUCGCACCAAACUGGAGUGCAUGAUGGUCUGCGGGAACUUAGAAAACUCCACUAAGGAGGACUGAGUCCCUCAGUGUGAUCACCUUGUCUGAGAAGACCCCAACCCCAGAACAGACACCAGUGUGUUGCCAUGCCCCCUCCCUCUCUCUCUGGGGAGGCUUCUGUGGGAUCAUCUAACCCC